AUGUUUCUUCCAAGCGUUCAUGCCGAGACCGACAAGGAGAGAACCCCCCUCGGACUCCUUAUCACUGGCCAAAACUCAGCCCAGGUGGACUUUUUGCAAUGCACCCAUGUUCCCUGUGUUCUCGAUCUGCCUGAAGAAUAUGGUGGUACAGAGCCCCGCAUCCGCGCCCAUAUCGCCAAGCAAAACCCCCAGGUGAAGGCUAUGAUCGAAGCCGUCGAUGAGAAGCCACCAAAUGUUCUGGAGCUCGACAAUGACGUCUUGGUACUUUUCAACGGAAAACACGAUCAUUAUGUCACCCCGAAGUAUUAUACUGAGACAAAACCUACCACUGGAAAGGUUGUUCCCACUUGGAACUAUUCUGCCGUUCAGGCCGGGGCCUUCCUCGCCCAGCAGGUUCAUGACUUGUCUCAGCAUACCGAGACAACAAUCAUGGGCUAUACUGGUGGCGAUAAGCCGCAGCCAUGGACGGUUUCUGAAGCCCCAGAAUCCUACACAGACCUUCUCAAGCGCAACAUCGUGGGAAUUGAGAUCCAAAUCACCAAAAUCGAGGGCAAGUUCAAGAUGAGCCAAGAGAUGCGCCCUGGUGAUCGCGAGGGUGUCGCUCAAGGCUUCGCGAAGAUGGGAACCGAGACUGGUACAGCGAUCUCGGAACUCGUCAAGGAAAGAGCGGAAUUGAGCGACUUGAAGAAAAAUGCUGCCAAAGCCGGCCAAUAG